AUGAUGAGCAGUGUUCAAGGUUUAGAAGGAAAUGUGCAGCAUUCGCCGGUUUCCGCGCAGAAAAAGAAAAAGGAAAAUCGGAAACAGCAGCAAAUAUGUGACCAGAAGCUGAAUGCGUUUGAGUUCCGGAGACAAGCCGUGGUGUCAAAGCUACAGCGAAUGAGAAAUAUGAUGGAAACAGCAGAAGACAUCACCGUUCAUCAUUUGGAAACGUACCUGCGACGUGUUGAUUCUUGCUAUGACGAGUACAACUCGAUUCAGAACGAGAUUUAUGCGGAGUUUCCGGAUCAACGAACAGAACAAGAGAGUGCGUUCAUAGAAUUUGAGUUACUUUACGAGGAGCUUCGAGUAACGAUUUGUGCCUCGAUGGAUGCGUUACGAAUGAAACAGAUUCAAGUUGUCCCAAAAGCUGCCAUUGCGGAGGGAGGCGAAAAUCAGCAAACGAUCGUUAAUCAGUCACUUGGAUUACCGCACGUUCCACUCCCUACAUUUGAUGGAACGUAUGAAAAGUGGUUCCGGUACAAGCAGUUGUUCCAAGAUCUGAUGCGAAAAUAUCCCCAUCUAUCCGAUGCAACUAAAUUGCACUACUUGACGCAAACGUUAAAAGGGAAAGCGGAAAAUGUUCUGAGCGAGCAAAUACUGAACGAGAACAAUUUUCAACCAGCGUGGAACAUCUUGGAAGAACGGUUCGAAAACAAAAGAACCAUUAUCGACAUUCACGUUGGUGGCCUGCUGAAUCUAAGGAGAAUGAACAAAGAAAGCUCAUCGGAACUGAGACAGCUAGUUGAAGAAUGCAGUCGACAUGUAGAAUCAUUGGAGUUCCACGACCAGCUGAUGCAGGGGAUGUCGGAACAGUUAGUGAUUUCACUUCUUACUUCUAAACUUGACAAAGCUACACUUAGCUUAUGGGAAGGCAAUGUUCAACCAAAGCAACUGCCGAACUAUAAAGACACGGUACAGUUUCUGCAGAAUCGUUGUUUUGUUCUCGAACGGUGCGAAACCAAUGCUUCUCACAAACCCAGCGAGGUAGCGAAGCAAAAGCAGCUGGUUCCAGUCGCGAAGGCUACUGUCAAAGUUCAUGCAGCAUUACAAACGAAAGAGAAUGUGUGUGUAUUUUGUGACGAGUCUCACAACGUCAACAAAUGCAACACUCUGAAACAAAUGACAGUGCCAGAGAGGAUUGUCGCAGUUAAAGAAAAGCAUCUCUGUUUCAACUGCCUGAAACGUGGUCAUAGAGUCGGCCAGUGCAAAUCAAGGAUGUGUACUGUUGCCGGUUGCGGGCGUAAACACCAUACACAACUUCAUAGUGAAAUCACUACAGAGAAAGCUGUAGCAGACGGAAACGCAGCAGAAUCGACGAAGGAAGAACCAGUCGAAACUGGUCAAUCAACGAGUGUCACUUGUACUAGUGCCGUGGUGAAAUCGCAAGCAAUCUACAAAAAGGAGGUGAUUUUAUCUACCGCUAUAGUGCAAGUAAAAGAUUCCCGAGGAGAAUUCCGUCCUGUUCGUGUGCUGUUGGAUUCAGGCUCCCAAUCCAACUUCUUAUCUGAGCAUGCUGUGAAUCUGCUUCGCUUGAAAUGUGAAAACAUCAGAGUGGGCGUCGUUGGAAUCAACGGUGAAAAACUAACAGUUACACAACAAACUAUGGCCAGAGUAAAAUCAUCGUAUGGAGAUGCGUCAUGGGUCCUCGAGUUUUUGGUAGUGCCGCAAGUUACUGGCAUCCUUCCGUUGCAGAAAAUUGAUAUACGACAAUGGGAGAUUCCUCCUAAUAUUAAAUUAGCUGACCCUAGAUUUAAUAUUUCUGCAAAGGUUGACAUGCUCAUCGGAGCUGAACUAUUUUUUGACCUUCUAAUUACCGAUCGUAUGAAGCUGGACAAUGGCCAGCCCAUGCUGUGGCGAUCAGAGCUUGGUUGGAUUGUGUGCGGUUCCCGAACGAGUAUCAAAAGGCCUUCAUUGGUGGCUGUCGCGCACUAUAUCUCCUCGGAAGCGAGUUUGGAGAAUGCUGUGCAGCGAUUCUGGAAACAGGAAGAAGUUCCGGAAGUGGAAAAACUUACGUCUGAGUUUGAACAGUGUAUCGAUCAUUUCGAAAAGACCCAUCGGCGAGAGAAUGGGCGUUUCGUAGUUCGGCUUCCAUUUCGAGAUACAGUUAAGUUACUUGGCAAUUCAAGAUCUCUUGCGGAAAGGCGAUUCCUGCAACUGGAACGAAAAUUUGUACAUCAACCGGAACUGAAAAAGCAAUACGUUACGUUUAUCAAUGAGUACGUGUCUCUCGGCCAUUGCCGUAAAUUGGAGAACGACGAUGAUACAGUUCGUGGUUACUAUUUGCCACACCACGCAAUUUUAAAACCCUCGAGCUCGACCACUAAGCUUCGUGUCGUGUUCGAUGCGUCGGCACGAUCGGAUACAAAUCUUUCUCUGAACGACGUGCUGAUCACUGGACCGAUAGUGCAAGACAGCUUGAUGGCGAUUGUUCUAAGGUUCAGGAAAUACAAGUAUGUUUUCACAGCCGACAUUCUUAAAAUGUACAGGCAGAUUCAAGUGGAUGAUCGUGAUUUAGCGGAUGAGGAACAAUCAGAAUUCCCGAUAGCUUCACAAGUGAUUAAAAAGGACUUCUACAUGGAUGACGUACUGUCUGGAGCAGACAGCCUCCAAGCGGCACUGGAAUGUCAAGAUCAACUGAUUGCUUCACUAAAGCGUGGUGGAUUUAAGCUGCACAAAUGGUGUGCGAACGACAAGCAGGAACGAACGAAUCCCGGAAGACGAACGUGA